AUGUCAGUGAGGAAGUCACCACCACCCUCAGGUCCGGGAACAGCUAUCAUAAAAAGAGCAAGGGUGGACGAUGGAGAUGAAGAUAGUAACACAAUGACAAUGACGGUGGCUUCCAGCGGAGAAGGUCAGAGGAAAAAUGCUCUGAUACGGAGUGUGAAGAGGACCAGUGGACUGGAAGCUCCAAUUGUAUCGCUGAGUGGUGCUCAUGGCGGGGAGAUCACAGCAUGUAAAUUCGAUCCAUCAGGACAAACGUUGGCAGCGUGCUCAGUAGAUAGAAGUAUAUCGCUGUGGAAAACAUAUCCUCCUCACGACAACUACGGUAUCAUACCGAAUGUACACAAAAUGGCUAUAUUAGAUAUCGCUUAUUCUUUAGAUUCGGAAACAAUCUACUCUGGAGCUGCAGAUGGGACGAUGAUAUGGACUGAUCUACGAACUGGACAACGUAUCUCACGAUAUUCAGCACAUUACGGUCCACUUAAUUCAAUAUCCGUAGCUAUUUCAGGUGGAAGAGAACUGGUGUUGACAGGUGGAGAUGAUGGUAUAGCAAGAGUAUGGGAUCUGUCUUUGGAUACGAAAGAUCCAGUGGUUGAAUUUGACGAUGGAAGAGACUGUCCGGUCACUGCUGUAGAAUGGAGUAAAGAUGGUAAUCAAUGUUUUGUGGGUGGUGUAGAUAACGAGGUCAAGGUAUGGGACCUUCGUUCUGUCGAAAUCUUAUAUACACUUCGUGGACACACCGAUUCGAUCUGUUCCCUAUCACUAUCACCUUCAGGUCAUUACUUGGCCACCUAUGCUCUCGACUCAGCUUUGAUAAUCUACGAUGUGCGACCAUUCUCAUCUGAUCCAAUGAGGGUAUAUCGAUCUUUGACUGGAGCGCCGGCCGGAUUUGAGAGUACUCUGAUCAAAGUAUCUUGGAGUAAACAUGAUAACGGAGCUAGAAUAGCUGUGGGUGGUGGCGAUAGAACGGUUACCGUUUGGGAUGUGGAUACGGGCAAAACAGCAUACAAGUUACCGGGUCACAAAGGUACUGUGACAGCUGUUGACUUCCAUCCCAGAGAACCAAUCAUCCUCACAGGAUCAAAAGACAGUAAUAUGUUAUUAGGAGAAUUGGAUGCUCAAGAUUUCUCAUGA